AUGGGAUUAUGUUUAUCAUGUUUACAAGGUAAUUCAGAUGAUGAAUUUGACGAAACUAGUUCAUUAUUAAGAAAUCAACAGCAACAACAAUAUAUAACAGAUUAUGAACAAGAAGAAUCCAUUAAACAACAACAGCAAAGACAAUUAGAAUUAAACAGUAUAGUAAACGAAUUAAGUGAUAAAUUAAUAGAUGUGACUGGAUUCUUAUCAAAUCAACCAUCAAAUGGCAACUUACAAGCAAUUAAAUCGAAUGAAGAAAAUUACGAUAAUGAUAUUUAUAUUUAUACUGAAUCAGAUAGGGCCAAAGUCAAAGAACAGUUAGAAUCAAUAGAUGAAUCAAUUGUUAAAUCUACUACUAUUGAAGUUAAACAACCAUUAUAUUUAAAUUUUUGA